AUGUACAAAUACGAGCACGCUGUCACCGAUGUUCACCAGCCUUUCUCAAGCAACGAUACGGCCCCGGCUCCCCCAUUUCAACUACAAGUCUCAUCCUUGCCUUACCUGAUCAUGACUAAACACAGCAAAAACAAUACGGCAUCAUCGAUAUUCACUUAUGCGGAAUAUAAGAAGCUAGACUAUGGUACAAAGAAACAACGUCUGGGAAACGAGUCUAUGCGUCGAUUUGAUGCUUGCGCGCUCUGCUUAAAUCGGGCGCGCGAGCCCUUGGUAUGCAAUGAAGGACAUUUAUUCUGCAAGGAGUGCGUAUACAAAGAUCUACUUACUCAAAAGAACGCCAUUAAGCGACAGAAGGCUAAGAUCGAAACUCUAAAGCAGGAAGCCGAGGCAGAACGCGCGAGAGCGCGUGAAGCAGCUAGAGAACGCGUGUUGUUGGAUUUCGAGAAGGGUCAAUUAGGUCUCGGAGGACUCAGUGCAGGGAGCUCAAAAGAGGCCACAAAUGAAACCAAAGAAGAUGACCAGAAGACGGGAACGAAACGCAAGAACCCAUCUACACCAUUCUCAUUUUCCCAGAGCACCGUGUCUGCCCUGACCCUCCAGGCUGAAGAAGCUGCUUUGAAAAAGAUAGAAGCUGAACAGGCCGAGGCACUCAAAAACAAACUUCCAGAUUUUUGGCUCCCUUCCUUAACACCAACGCAUACAGCUGGACCCCCUCCACAAACUUUGGAGGAGAUACAGACGCAGAUGGAUUCAUUCAAACCAGUGUGUCGCGGUGGUGGCCAGGCGGUUUCCCAUCCAUUGGCCAUGAAAAACUUGAUUCCUGUCAAAUUCACGUUUUACAACGCUUCAUCUUCAGGUACAACUGAAGACAGCACCAAAGUGAAGAAAGACGAUGCUGAACCCAUGUGUCCAUCAUGUAAAAAGCGUCUGUCAAACAGUGUUCUCCUUUUCCUAAGCAAGCCAUGUGGCCAUGUCACUUGUAAGACGUGUACAGACACGCUUGUGCGCCCGGGGAAGCAGUGCAUUGUCUGUGAUGUCAAGCUAAAGGAUAAAGAUGUGAUAGAGUUGAAAAGAGAAGGUACCGGAUUUGCUGGUGGUGGUCUGGCUGAGACAUCCAAAUCUGGAGUUGCUUUCCAAGGAUAA